AAACUUUUGCGAACACAACACGGAAAAGACUGAAACAGGCUAACCAGGCUAUAAAGGCUACAUUACGAUCGUUUUAAUCUGGUGAAAUUAAUUACAACUAGAGGUAAACCUGUGUAGGCUACAGUACGGUUUGCAAUCGAGGCACACACUUUGAGGGUUGUAGCCCAACAAUUUCAAAUUUCAGCAACUAUCUAUCGUAAUGUCUGCGAGUCAGGACGACACGGCUCAAAUGAUGAACCCACAGCAGCUCCUCAGCGAGGAUGAACAGGCCCUCAGCCGAGCACGAGCAGAGUUGGAGCAAUGGAAGGUGAAAGUUGAGAAAGCAGAUCAAGAAAAAUCAAGAUUGACAUUGGAAAAACUGGAUACAGAUGAAACUAAGAAAAAAGCCCAGAACUCCACCGCUGCGAUCUUAGACGCCCAAGCACAGCUGGCUUCGGAUUCUGAAAAUAAAAGAAAGGAGAUUGAGAUACAACUCCAAAAAAUUGACCAAGAGAACAGAGAUCUGAGGAAUAAACUCCAGAGGCUGGAUGAAGAAAGGAAAGCCAAAAAGGCGGAAACUCAAACCCUUCAGAGGAGGUUUAAGAUAAGAGCUGAGAUCCCUGAGAAGCGUGUGAAGUUUUCUGGCGUGGAGAAAGCGGAGGAGAGGGAGUCCUCCACCGACACAGAGGGGGUCUUCACCAUCACUCAGAGACCCUUUAUAUUCCUGAGUGGAGGGGAGGCUCUCAUCACCUUCGAGGAAGAGAAGGUGGCGCAGCAGAUCCUGCGCAUGGCGAAGUGCUCCGUAGCCCUCGACCGAAACAAGAUGGACAUCAAACCCUUCUGCUUGAACCUGGAGCCUUCUGUGAAAUUUGAGGUGCACCUGAACGUCUCAAAGAAGACCGUGCAAGUCUCUCAGGCUCCCCCAGUCCUACCCGAGGAGCGGAUGAAGGACAGACUGGAGAUCAGUUUCUCCCGGCCGAGUCGCGGAGGGGGCGAGGUGGAGAAGGUCUCGUACGACAAGAAUUCUGGGACUGCUGAGAUCACCUUCCUCAACACUGGAGUUGCUGAGAGGCUGGCUCUGAGAGGGAAGUACCCUGUGGAUACUGGCAGAGAAACGAUGGUGGAUGUUAAUCCCCUUUACAACUAUCGGCUGAAAAAGUUCCAGACCUACUGUGGCACUCCGAAGCGCUCCAUUCUGCUGAGGGGCAUCCAGGACGCCAUGGAUGAGGAAGAUCUGCAGGACCACCUGGAGAUUCACUUCCAGAAGCCCAGCAACUAUGGAGGAGAGGUAGAGAGCAUCAAAUACGUCUCCACAGGCAACGAGGUGAAGGCCUUCUUCAGUGAGGAUGUGGGUGUGGAGGCUUAAAUUCAGCCGUGUCAAAGCAAUCACGUACCAUGAGUCUUCAGAGGGGUAUAUAUACUUACAUUAUGCUGAUUUCUUAGUUCAUUAAACCAUACACAGGGUAUGUCUACGUUGGGGGAGUGUGUGAAGGGAGUUUUGGUUCUGUAGUACUGUUGUCAUGUUUUUAUUUGUACUAUAUUACCCUUCAACCUAUAUUGGUAACCUAUAUUUUUCAGAAUUCUGAAAUAUUAAGCAGUGAUUUGAUUAUUUUGCAAAACCUUUUGAAUUUGAAAUCAUAACCAAAGUUCUCAGUCUAGUCUACACUACAGUUUAUGGGUACAGAAAUCAUGGCAGUAAAAGUGACAGGGCUGAUUCUACAAAGGAAUUCAAGUGACUUUACGUGGACUUGCAUUAUGUUAUGACAUAGUUAUGGUAUGUACUUCAUUAUGCGCUUGCAUGGGAUAUACCGGUUUGUUGAUUGCUGUGUGUGCACUUGAUAUAGAACACAGUGUACAGUAUGUGAAAAGCUAUAAGUGUUGAAUGUGUAUCAUCAUCAUAUGGAUUGUAAUAACUUGUAAUAAAUCCUACAGCAUAUUGCA